AUGCCUCUACACCAAGUACGUGAGCAAAGAGCCAGAGGCUUGAACGGGGAGGAGGGGGAGGUGGAAGGGCAGGGGCAAAGGGACAGGGACGAGGACGAGGACGAAGACGGGGGAGGGGAAGGAGAAGGAGGGGAGAAGCCCGGAGACAAUUGCAAGAUCAGAUCAGUUGUGGAGUGUCGUCGUUUCUCACGCUCGCAAGCUCGAAAGCCUGGAGACUUGUAA